AUGUCAUCGAUUGAAAAAUACGAAUUGUUAAAGCGUGAAGGAUUGUUGAUUGAUCGUGUUAAAUAUAUUUUAUCUUUAUCGGAUAAGACAGAAAUGGAAAUAUAUCUAAAAACAUUAUCAGUUAAAUCAUAUGAUGAUUUACAAAUGUUAAUCCUUCUCUAUAAAUCAACAAAAAAUCAAAUGAAUCUUAUUAAAAUUUUCAAAACAGAUUCCUUACCUGUUCGUCAACGAGCUGAUGCUGGUAAAGCAUGGCUUCGUCUUCAAACUGACCAGAAACAAAUUCAUAAAUUUGUAGUCGAAACAAUUAUUGAUUUAAAUAUUCCACGACUUAUAAAACAUCAAAUUCUUAAAUGUCUUCAUCAUAUUCAUUGUUUAAAAAUAUCUUUAACAUUUUUCUAUGACCUUGCACAAUCUUUAACUCAAAUAUUUCAUCAUGAUGAAUUUAAUAUUGAUGCUCAUACAUUACCAUUCUGUUCAAAAGAUCAAAUAAUAAAACUUCUUUCUCAAUGGUCAAUAACAAGUUAUAAUCAAAUAUCUUUUUCUUCUUCAUUUUCUUCGAAAUUAAUUCGUUAUCAACCUCUUAUUGUUAUUCAACUUAUCAAUAAUGAUUUAAUUCAUAAACAUUUCGAUAAUAAUAAAAUGAUAAUAUAUUGGCGAAAAAAUAAGAAAUUAUUUGAAUUAUUAGUAAAAAAAGAACCUAAAGCAAUAUGUCGUUUAGCAAUUGAAUGUAUUUCUCGAUUAGAAAAUCAUCAAAGAAUUUUACCAACAUUUAUUUUCUCUCAACAAGAACAUUUAUUCAAUAAAGCUCCAAAUGAAAUGAUCGAAUUAAUAACAUUAGUUGCUUCUUAUCAACCAGGUAUAAUUAAAUACGAAGCAUCUUGGGAUUAUUCAGGUACAAUACUUGGUAGUUUUUCAUUUCCUCGUUCAUUUUCAAUCGAAAAUUAUAUUCGUUUAUUUUUUGUACUAUAUGAUACAUGUAAUUGGUCGAUCAAUAAUAGUCUUGAUGUUGUUGUUUAUAUGUUAUCGAAUGAUGUGAAUAUUCAUGAAAUAUCUUUUUUACGUAAACGUCGUAAAUGGUUUUUUGAUAUGAUCAUUCAAGAACGUAUUGGUAAACAAGAAUUUGUGAAUGAAUUAUUAAAACAUGGUUCAGAAAUACAUCUGAGAUUAUUUAAGGAUUUUCCUGAAUUACGUAUACCACUUGCUCAACAUACGCUUCAACAAUUAAUUGAUCAAUCAAACUCAUAUAGUCUUGACUCCUAUGCAUCUUUUCUUAGUUAUGGAUUGAUGAAUUUAGAAAUUUUUAAUAAAUUUUUAUCUAUUUUGCAACAAAAUGGUUCGAAUCUAAGCAAACGAAAACAUUUGUAUACACUUAUAUUUCAAUGUGCUAUCUCGACAGAUCAAGAGAAUGUUAAUCAUGUUCUACAAUGGAUUCAAAAACGAUUUAUUAAUGAACAAUUAACUGCCAUUGAAUAUUUUCUACAACAUUUAUCUUCUGAAAAUAAUCGUUGUUAUUUAGAAUAUCUUCCAGAUAAUUUCCAAGCCAUCGAAACGAUUAUGAAUAUCGCUUUCAAUCAUUUACAAAGAACAUCAGAUACAUUAGAAAUUAUACUUACUUAUGGAUUUUUUCUAUUAGUUCAUCUUGAACAUUAUCAAGAUAGACAACAACAAGAAAAAAUACAAGAAUUUGCUUCUAAAAUUUUUAAAGAAUAUUAUAUAGUAAAUACGAAUUUUCCUAAUAAUUAUCAAACAUUACCUGAAUCAUCAUCAAUAGCAUGCAAUGUAUUUGCAAAUAUUUUAAUAUCUGAUAUUUUUCCAAAAUUAAUUUCCAAAUGUUUCAUAACUGAAAUAAUUAAUUUAUUAAUAAGAUGUUUUGAUAACAUGUGGUGUUUACCAGAAAUUGAUAAAUUUAUUUAUUCAUUCUUUUUUGAACAUUUAAUUAAUUCAGUAGAACUUCAAUCUAUAUUUGAUAUUGAUGAACAUUCUGUUUUAAUUUCAUUAUUACUUUCAUCACGAUCGACUCGAUUGGAACGUGUUGAUCGUUUAUUAAAUGAAAUUGAUUAUAUAUUUUUUCUUGAUAUUGAAGUACAAGAAAUUAUUUUACAAUCUCAUCAAUAUCAUCAAUUAAUUAAUAAACUUUUAGAAGAUGAAAAAUGUAUUGAUGCGACUAAACUUUCUAAACAACAAGUUAAAACAUGUUUAAAGAUAACCAAUAAAAAAAUACCUGGAUUUCAUUUGAAAAUAUUAAAUAAUUAUUAUAAUCAAUUGACAGGACAACAACAAGAAUAUAUUAUAAAAAUUAUUUUAAAUGAUUAUUUACAAGAUACAGAAAUACCCAAUCCAGAAAAAUUGAAAGCAGUACGUGUCCUUCGUCGUUUUAGUCAUAUGUAUCAAAAUACACUCGAAUUAAUUGAGAAAAAUCAAGAUGAUUUCUUAUUGAGAACAAUCGAUACUACGUCUACAACUAUUAAAUCUAUUCGUGGUGCUAAUAUUCAAACAAUCAAUUAUUAUAUUCUAUCUCUACCAGCUACUUUUGAUUUAUUUCCACAAGAUCUAUGGAAACAAUUUGAUCGACUUAAAACACAAUUAAAUUCAUCAAAUGCUACAUAUAUUAAAGAUGCUUUCUUAAGUAUUUCGCGAAAAAUGACUGAUGAAAGUUUUUUAAAACAUUAUAUAGAAUUUAUUCGCAGUGAACAUUUUGGAAAAUUCGGUAUUACAGCAAAUAAAGCAAUACUUCGUUUAUUGAUUCAAUAUCGUUUUAAUACAAGUUUAAUUACAUCAAUUUUAAAACCUCUAUGGGAUUCUCAUCCUCAUCCAGAUAUUCGUGCUUGUCUUGUCAGAAUUUUCCUUCAUUUUAUUCAUAAAUCAAAUGUAAAUGACGAUCGUAAUGAAUUAGAAAUUUGGUCAAUUCUUGAACAAGCAGCACAUGAUGAUUAUCGUCCAGUUGUGUACGCUCUCUUUGGUUUUGAUGGAAAAGGAAGUUGUCGAACAUUGAGUGGAUUAGAAGGAUUAUCUUCUGAAGUUUUAGAAAUAUUUGUUCGUCGAAUUCAAAUGAAAAUUUUAGAUCAUCCAACAUCAACAAAUGCACGUAUAUGGGCUUGGUCUGAACUUGAAAGUGAAUAUUGCAGUAUUAAUAUAGUCAUAGAUAAAGCUCGACAAUUAUGUCUUCAAUUUGAUAACGAUGCAAAUGAUUUAUGGAAAUUAGCUUUUAAAAAAAUUCUAUUAUUUUACAAAUUAAAAAAAAUAUCAUGUAACGAUGUUGCUAAAUUUAUUGAAUCAAUUAUCUAUUAUGAUAAAGAUAUUGAUUUAAAUCAAAAUGAUGUACAUACUUAUCAUCGUAUGAAUGAAUUAUUAGAUCUUUUUAUUUCUUCAAUCGGUAAGAUUGAUGAUGAACAACGUCAAUGUUUUCGUACAUUUGCUUUGUCUAUUCUUCAAUUUGAAAUAACAAUGGCACCAUUAGUCGGAAAAUUAUUAAUGAAAUUAGCUCGAAGUAGAGAUGAUCUCGAAGAAAUGCUCACUGUAUUUCAAUCAUCUUUAUCUCCUGUAUAUUUUGAACAUGUAAUAAUUAAUCUAGAAUCAUAUCUUAAUGCAAAUGAUGGAUCUUGUCCAUAUGUACAACAAUUAAAUAUUGAAGAAAAAUUUGAUUUCGCUCAAUGGUGUAUUAAUACAAUGAAUAUUCCAUUAUUUGUUUUUGAUUUACUCAAAAAUCAAAUAUUCAAUAAAGCAAGUAUUAAUAAACAACAAUGUCAAAUUCUUCUUCGACAAAUGAGACAAAGUCAAAAUUUACUUCUACGACAAAAAGCACUUCAAUACAAAGUACCUUGGAAACAAGAUGGGACUAUGAAUAAUGAUAACUAA